AGAGGUGACUCCAUCAUUCGUGCUGAUGGAUGUUCAAGGCACUAGUGUGGUGCUUUUCGUAUACUCUCUGCAACCAGACGGCGAGGUCAAUGUGUCUCGAAUCGACUUCAAGAAGACAGCACAAUAA